AUGAAGAACUUUGCACGACAGCUUAAAGGGAAAAUCGCCAAAGUAUCCUCAGGCCGUGGAGAUGGAGAUGGGGACGCUGGACGCCUUGGUGGUACGAUUCCGCCGAUUGGAAGUACUCGUCCAGAGCUGUAUGGCAUGUUUCACUUAACGGAAACGGCAUCGAGUCAGCCUGCAUCUAGCGCUUGUCUUGCAAAAGUCAUUGCUGUGCAUGGCCUAAACGGCGAUGCCUUCACGACAUGGACACAUUCAAAUGGAACCUUGUGGCUUCGGGACUGUCUGCCAGCCUCCAUACCCGGAUGUCAGGUCUACACCUACGGCUACCCUUCUCAAAUAUUCACAACCUCAUAUGCUGGGGUCCGUGAUUAUGCGCGGCAUUUACUCAGCUGUGUCAGGGAUUUGCAUGAACUGGACCAUAAUGAAGAGCCGGUCCCAAUUAUUUUCGUUUGCCAUAGUCUUGGAGGUAUUGUUUGCAAACAGGCAUUGGUCUUAGCACACGAAGACGACGUAAUUUAUCGCAGUACUCUCAAAUCUGUUCUCGGUGUUGUAUUCUUAGGAACCCCGCAUAAGGGAAGUGAAGCAGCGGACAUAGGGAAAAUCGUUGGACGAAUCAUAAAUCUAGCUGUCCCAAAAGCGACUCGAACUGAUUUACUGGGCCAUCUGGGUGAAAACUCCCAGGCUCUGAGAGAGCUUGCUUCUUCCUUUCGACACCGUUUGUGCAACCUUGAGGUGGUCACCUUCUACGAAACGCAGCCGAUUCCUCCCUUGUCUUCUUUGGUUGUGGAAAGAAGCUCAUCCAUCCUUGACAUUCCCCAGGAGGAUAUAAUUCCUCUGUACGAAAACCAUCGAGAUAUAUGCAGAUUCUCUGGCCACACUACUAGCUACAAAGCUGUCUCGAGCGCUUUACGUAGGAUUGUCACACGUGCAGAAGCGAAAAGGAAGACAUCGUCGAAGGAAGAUGCUCGUUCAUCCCAGAGAUCUUUUAAUGAAAUAGAGAAGGGUUGCGUCACCUUGUUCAGCCCGUUCGAUAUCGACGACUAUCAUAGACGAAUACCCAAGCCCAUCAAAAGCACAUUCCUUUGGGUAAUUUCUCAUCCAGUGUUCGUUUCAUGGCUCAAGACGGCCAAAUCCACCAUGAUAUGGUUCACCGGGUAUCCUGGAAGCGGCAAAACAGUCAUGUCGUCUUUCUUGACCAGGUAUCUUGAAAGAACUGCAAAGGCAGCGAUGGAGGAUGCGAUGGUUUGUGUGUACUUUUGUGACGGAAACAUCAACAAACAGAAGGAUGCUAGGUCCAUUCUUCUCGGUGUUAUUUUCCAGAUCAUUCGCCAGCAUCGGUCUCUCAUUCAAUACGUUCGAAAGUUCUUUGAGAUUCAGGGCGUUGGUCUGGCUCAGUCAUUGUCGGCGCUAUGGAGGCUCUUCCUGGAGCUAACCAGGGAUCCCAAGUCUGACAUCGUCUAUGUUGUACUUGACGCACUGGAUGAAUGUGAGAACAGAACUUGCAAUGAGCUAUUAGCCUUGGUCUAUGAUUUCUUGGAGGAGUCGAAGAGCCCAUCAUACGAUGGUAGCUGUGUCAAGUUUAUACUGACCAGUCGCCCGGCAUUCAUACAUUCGAGGGGACGUAUGAAUUCCCUCUCAAAAUAUUGUUUUGCUCUGGAUGAUGGCCAGCAAGGCUAUGAUGAGGACAUCAGAACAUAUAUUCAAGAACGUGUGAAGGAGAUUGCCGGAUGUCCGCCAGGUUUGAGAGAACACCUCCAAACCACCCUGCAAACGAAGGCCGGCUCAACAUUUCUUUGGGUUCACCAGGUGUUCAGAGCUCUGGAAGGAAGUUUUAUUACGUCGCAUGAAGCCUUCCAGAGUGUCAUCAAUGCUAUCCCAGCCACACUGGAGAUGACCUACCAGACGUUCCUGGCAGCAAUUCCGCAAAAUGAAUCAGAUACGGCCAAUAGACUGCUUCAGUUGAUGCUCGGGAGCAUGAGACCGCUAACUAUAGCCGAAAUCAGUAUUGCAUUUACGAUUACCUGGAAUCACCAAGACGCAGAUCAACUGUCAUGCAGUGCCCCUUUCUCGAUGCUUCGAACUCUGCAGCUGGUCCUUGGUCCUCUUGUGCGCAUUUCGGAAUCUAAAGUGUCUUUACUACAUCAGACAGUGAAGGAGUUCCUCUUGAACCCAGCGAUGUGUGCGAAGCAGUACGUCAUGACAGCUGAAGAGUGCGCCUUAUGCAUGUCAAUGGCAUGUGCACGUUAUCUUCUGCUCUCUGACUUCGUUCACGAUGCUUUCGCAUAUCAUCCCUCCCCUGAUAUGUCUUUGACAGAUUCAUCAUCGGAGUCAGGAAGUUCCAAAUCUGAUCACAUGUUUACUGCUAGCUUCUGGGCCGACGAGACUCAACUUGGGUCUGACCGUCUUUUUAAGGAGCAGUCCGUGGUUACAGAAGAGGCCUGCAAGAGCAUCGAAAAGGAGUACCCAUUCUAUCGCUAUGCCGCCUUGCACUGGGCCAGUCAUUAUUCCGUUUCUGAAAAGUGCGCACCUCCACGUAUGAGAAAAGCAGCACGAGACUUGUUAAACAAGACCUUGCCGCAAUGCGCCAAUUGGUGGCGUUUCUAUCAGGCGGAAGCUGAUGGGAUGAACCAUGAAUCACACGAGAAUCUUGAUACCCUCGAACUGGCGGCAUACUUCAAUUUCAGUGAAAUGCUCCGGGACAUUCUCGAAGAGCAAGACUUUGUGGAUGCGAAUGCGAGCAAAUGCAGAGCACUGUUUUGGGCCUCCUUCAAGGGUAAUGUCGAAAGCAUCAGGAUCCUAUUGCACGCCGGUACCGACCCGACCUUUCGGUCAUUCGAACAACAGACAGCGCUGACUAUUGCCGCGGAAAAAGGCCAUAAGGAGAGCGUCGUGGUACUUCUUGAACAUCCCCACACAAACAUCAAUUGUCAAGGGCGGCGUGGGCGAAGUGCAUUAUCAUUUGCUGCAGCCAAUGGUCACCAUGACAUUGUGCGAUUGUUGCUCGCCAACGGAGAAAUCUUACCAGACCAGGUCGAUGAGAAUGGGUGUACUGCAUUAAUAUGGGCGAUAUCGGGCGGAGAUACGCAGAUUGUUCAGGAUAUUGUAGACCACAACAGUGUCAAUGUUAACCACCAGGAUGAGACAGGUCGAACAGCCGUGUCUUGGGCGGCUGGCGAAGGGAAGACAGAUAUUCUGAAGAAGUUACUGAAGGACAAACGAGCUGAUAUGAACAUAUCAGACAAAAGGGGCCUCUCUCCAUUGAUAUGGGCGACGCGUCUAGGCCAGACGCAGACCGUGCGGCUCUUGGUGAGAAGUAAGGAAGUAAGGGUAGAUACUGUCGACAAAGAUCUCCGUGGUCCUAUCUCAUGGGCAUGUGGACAGGGGCACCAUGAAGUCUUGCGGAUACUUAUCAAAUAUAGGUGCCCGGGGAUCAACCAAAAAGAUGUUGACGGGUGGAGUCCUAUCGCCUGGGCUAUACAAUGUGACGCUCCAGAAAUCAUCGAAACCCUGCUCUUGACUGGUGAGAUCGAUCUGGAAGCGAAUGACGGCAAUGGUAAAACGGCGUUGUGGUGGGCUGUCAGCUACGGACACAUCAGGAAUGUCAAAACCCUGCUUCGUGAAGGAGCAAAUCCGAAGGCUAGGACUAAGGAUGGUGUAUCAGUCAUAGAUGUAGCUAGAGAUUCGGGACGAUCAGAUAUUGUCACAGAACUCUCCAAGGCACUAUAG